GGGCUUUCACGACGGUAGCUCGCUGCAUGUUAUUGUAAAAUAUUUUUGACCUUACUUCUAGGUUGUUGGUCUUUAAUUUAUUUAAGUGUACGCGUGUUAUCCCGUAAGGAAGAUGGUUAUUUUAAUUUCACUGCGAAUGUGCAUUGGUUUCCCACAGGGGCUGCGGAAUUCAGCAGGAUAUGACGGACUUUUCUGAAGGACUCCAUAAAAAAUCAUUAAUUGUAAGGCACUUCUGCUUGAGAGAAAGAUUCGCUCGUUUCUCACAUCAUCCAUCUGAGCAGUAGAUAUAGCAGAAUCAAACCGCCAGCAAGCUGCCCUAAAAAGCGUGUUUCUACUCAGUCAACUGAGCCUUUCUCGACCGCAUUUGCCAUCUGUCUCUCUAACCUUAGGGCAUCGAGCUAAGAGGGUCUGUUCGGAGUGGCGGGCUUAUUCCUCUUAAGAACAGAAAGUCAGAUGUCGUUAAUAACACGCGCACGGUCCAUCGAAUGCGAAUUCAGCGCACAUCAUUCAUAGUAAACUUAAAGGCGACGGGGGCGCACAGCAAACUGUUUCUACAGACCUACAGGUGCUAACACAGGGAUCCAGUCAGCUGUCUUCGCCGUUUCAGCGCACAGGUGUAUGUAUUUACAAAAAUAAAAAGGGAGGAGUCAAAACAGACUGUGUUUUACAGUUUGCCGUCGUCGAGGAGAGGAAACAGGAGUGCUGACCAGUCAGUCAUUGUUUGAACUGUGUGAAACUGGAAAACACCUCCACCUGGUCGCAGAGGUCUCGACCGAGAGUCGCUGCCAUAAUCAUUAACCGAAAAGCAUGGACAGAUUUUCCUGAGACUAUCAAGCAGCGGGAGAGACGGUGACACCAUGGCUGUGGAUGCAGGGUCCAGUUUCCAGUUCUGCCGGGCGGUUCUGGACCAUGCUCUCUCUGCUGAGGACCUCAGCUACCAGCGGUCCCGGAAGAUGGGUGGGAACCUGACCUGGCACGAUGGGCGGGGCCAGAAGACAGCGGGUGGCAGAGCCGUGAAACUCCUACAGCAGCCUGGGACCGAACCCCUGCAGCUGCGUUCCUCCGAGGCAUUAGCAGUGUAUCAUCCCAGCCCCUCCCUCUCAGGCCUGUCCCGCCCAGUGGUGCUGUGGAGCCAGCAGGACGUGUGCAGGUGGCUGAAGAGGCACUGUCCUCACAACUACCUGAGCUAUGUGGAGGUGUUCUCCCACCACGCCAUUACAGGGCGGGCAUUAUUGAGACUGAAUGGUGAGAAGCUGGGCCGUAUGGGGAUAGUACAGGACAAGCUGAAACAGGAGGUGCUCCAGCAGGUGCUGCAGCUGCAGGUGCAAGAGGAGGUGAGGAACCUGCAGCAGCUCAGCCGAGCUAACUGUAUGGGCGGUGGAGCACGGCAGGCCUGUCUCCCAGCUUCCUUUGGCAGCCUGUCAUAGCCCUAUCCAUCCAGGACCCUUAAGAGGAAGCACUCGGGUCAGAUGGCCCCUGCCCUGCCCUGGAGAAAAGACGCUCUUUUGUAUCUUUUCUAACUGCUGAUUGGCUGACUAUAGCCUCCUGUUGAUGUAAAGAAAGCAGUGCUGGGAAUCCAAUAGAGGGGCUGCCUCUGGCUCACAGUGAUGUGAACGGGUGAGAUUUGCAGCAGCGAACAGCAGUGUGUACUGCACAGAACAGUAGCCCCGGGUACUUCAGCCCGACUGUUAAAGGGGAAUAAAUAAAUUAGUACCCAACUGCAGAGAAAGUCACACACGAGAGGAAUCCCAACAUGGACCACUUACAAACAAGGGCUUACCCAAAAAACUGAGAGCGCUGGAGCGUACAGAGCCUUUGAGCUUUUAACCCAUGUAAUGAGCAGAACAUGAACACCUCUAUGAUGCCUUCCUCACUGUCCUCCUAUUUUUAAAGUCACCCGAAUAAAGAUCCUUUGUCCGCUGUGUCAUGAGCAUUCCAUCAAAGACUGCAAUGAGAGGAACCUUGCUGCCAACAUGGCCACCCACAGGGGAACUGCUGAGCACCAGUUAUUCACGCAGCCAGUAAAACUGGAGAGCCAUCUGCAGGCUGCUUUGAGGGUGCUUUGGCUAACAGUGGCCAAUGUGUUUCAGUUCUAUCCCAGCAGGGACAUCAGCCAACUUCUCAGUGGGCUAAAGCAAGGGCAUUUUCAAGGGUUAUACAGACAGAGUGACUGCAAAAACACACCUUUACACACACAGAUUGACCACAAAACACACCUUUUGGAUUGACGGCAGAACACACCUUUAUCUAACCAUAAAAAUACACCUUCCACUCACAAACUGACCGCAGAUGCACAAACUCCAUUCCUUUCCUUGAACACUGACGAGCUGCUCAUAUUCUAUUCAAUUCAAUUUUAGUUGAAUAGUGUUUUUUACAAGGGCAUUGUCACAAUGCAGCUAUACAGAGAUCUGGGACUGAUUUUUAUGAAAAUUUUAUUUAUGGGUAGUUGGAUUUGAAAACAUUCUGUUAAUAAUAAAUAUGGCAGUUGUAAAUAAAUUAAAUUCAUAUAAAUCGCAAUGCAACACAAUAAAAAAUUUUAUGUAAAAAAAAAUUUGUUCAGGCCUCAUUUUUUAGUGUAAAAAAUUUGACAUGGUGCUAUUGCCAGACAUCUAUGCACGGUGGUAGUGUGUACCUUCCUAUGACUCUAUGAUUUCAGAGCAUUCAGGACUUGACAAGUGAGCAGGUGGAGAUAUGGCAGGUGAACUCCUGAAAAUACUGCACAUUUGUGGGGUGGUUUGGACAUAGGACUGCAGGACCAAGGUUCUGAUGGUGAGGAGCAGAGAUGUGUGGUUGCUGCCUUCACACUAUCACUUGAUUUCACUCAUUUCAAUGCUCAGAUAGAAUUCAUUCAUAUUUACUGGUAGGGGAAAAAUCACCACAGGAAAAGGACUUCAUGAUAAAUAACAGAACUUACCUGCCUUUAGGGACGUGUCCUGCCCAGUGCCUCCCAAACAACGUCCUUCCACGUUAGCUUUUUCACCUUGCUGCACCCUUUGCUAAACAUAAAGAUGUAUGAUGGUGCAGAUAGUAAAAUUAAUUUCAUACCUCCAAACAUAUUCCGUUUUUUUUUUCAAAUUACUUUAAAUAUCCUCCAUUCAAACCUUCCCCAAUCCCAAGAAAGCUCUCUAGUGAUAACGUAAUAGGCAUAUAUCUUAUUAUGAUCUAUAAUUGGUUUCCUAGGAGUAACCGUACCAUGGUUGGAAAACAGUUGUGCCUCAACUGGACUGGCUAUUCAGCAACCAUGUUGCCUUCUAGAUGAAAAUACUGAUGCUCCUGAGAAAUCUUUUAAAAUAAAAAUUGUUUGGAACAAAAACAAAACUUUUGUAACCUACUCAUCAGUGGUGGCUGUGUGAUACUGUUGCAUGUUAUAACUAUAACUACAAUUUAAAAUAUGUUCAUGUAUUUUUUACAUUAAUUACAUCAAAUACAUUUUUGUGUAUUUUACUUUAACAAUGCCAAUAGCACAAUCUCAUUAGACCAAAUGCAUAAAGCCCUUUGGAUGAAGAUUAGCUUUGUUCAUUUCACAGACCUCUGUUCAGUAGGCAGGUAUGAGAUAAUUGUUUUAAGACUCUGUGUUGUUUUGACACAUUUACAGGGUUUGAUUUUGAUAAAUGAUAAUAUGGUUUUGAGUGCAUUGACUUCUUUUGUAAUCAGUGCCCUACUUUUGUUUCUGGGUCAUGUGUCAGGCUGUUUUGAGUCAUGUGCUGACAAUAUAUUGCAAUUUCUGAAGUAUAA